ACAUUUGAUAAUUGAAAACAGAUUGGGAACUCAGUUCUAUAGUGCUGUGGAGUCUCGACUGUGCGCUGCUCCUCUCAUAUAUUUUUGCAAAUCAACAUUGAAUCUCUAGGAAACUUCAUAUGGCGUCGCGUUUGCAAAUUGGGGGUGAUGCCUCAGUACUGCUCCGAGUCACUCACUCCAACCUCAAAAGCUUCGCCGCCGACAUUCGCUUUUCCCUUCAGAUGAGCGUGGAAGCAGUGAAAGAGAAGCUAUGGAAGAAAUGUGGGACUUCAGUAAAUUCAAUGCGGUUAGAACUGUAUGAUGAUUGUAAAAACAAACUUUUUGAUUUGAGUGAUGAUUCAAGACCUCUUGGUUUCUAUUCUCCUCUAGAUAGGUUCCAAAUACACAUUAUAGAUCUUGAUCCUUCGUCGGUAACUUCGGGAGGGUGGCUUGAAGAUACGUCAUUAGUAGAAAAGUAUACGAUUUCUGAAGAUGAAUACAGUAAACGUUCUGGUACAUUUAGGAAAUUCAAGGAACAGAUGGCAUCUCAAAAUCCAUCUGCAUUUAGGAAUAAAAUGUCAGACAACUACAUGGAAGACCUCUGUGCAAAUAUCAAGGUAGGAGACAGGUGUGAAGUUGACCCAGGGGAGAAAAGAGGAGUUGUCAAAUACGUGGGUCGAGCAGAAGCAUUAGGACCAGGAUUUUGGAUUGGAAUUCAAUAUGAUGAACCACUAGGAAAACAUGAUGGCACGGUGAAAGGAACUCGGUAUUUUCAAUGCCCUCCACUUUGUGGUGCAAUGGUUAGGCCUGACAAAGUAAAGGUUGGUGACUAUCCUGAACGAGAUCCCUUUGAGGAGGAUGAGAUAUAAUAUGGUUGUGAAAGGGUACUGCUAAAUUUCUGUUUCCAAGCAGUUUCAAUAAACAUUACAGAUUGACAAUGAUACAUUUGUAUUUGAUGGUAUUGUAACAUAUAUGGUAUGGGAAUGACGAGUGAGACUGUUUGAAAGAUGAUAAACUUUAAGCAUGAAAAGCUGGUAUUCUUCUUUUUGAGCUUGCUUCCUGACUUUUGUUGCAGGAAAAGAACAGAAAAGAUCCCAGAACAGGGUACAGAGAUGAUACUUGAGCAGAACUGGCCUAUACUCUUCUUGUUCCAUUUUCACCAUGAGCUUGAACAUUAGAAACUAUUCCCUGUGUGAUUGCUUAAAAGUAUAGAUUGAUUGAGUUCUGUUGAAGGAAUAUUGCAAACUAUGUUUUCCUUCAACGAUCCACACUUUUAUGAUGGUCAAAACCAGGUAUGCAAAUAAAGCUUGCUUGAUAUUGGGAAUAUAAUUUUGAAUCUAAAGUUCAAAAGAUUUUG